AUUGGCGUUCAGUGUGGAUGUGUAAUCGACUGGUUUGGUCUAGAGGAACAACCUCCUGGCCAAAGUGCAGCCAGAGCUCAAACAGAGCCUCUGAAAGCAGCUGAGCUGUUUUAAUGUGUGAAAGUCAAUUCUAGUUAUUCUAGUAUUUUGGUAAACAGCGGGGAUACAUGCUGUAAAUGCGGUGUGUUCUCAGUAACUGAUGUAGAGCUGCUCAUAGUUCAGCAUGCAGAACUCAUUUGAGUCGGUGGUGAAUGUACUGGAGUCCUACAGAGGGAGAGAUAAAGUGAUACGAACACUUUGCUAUGGAUCACAGCUGGUUGGUGGAGUUUUGUCCCAAAAGACUGGCGAGUCCUCUCAGCUUGGAAAGAGUCUCCUGCUGUUCUCUGCUCAGCUCAGCCACUGUCGCACAGUACUGAGGCUGUUUGAUGACCUUUCUAUGGUCGCUUACUCACAGAGCUAUGGUCUAGGAGCCACGGAGCAGGAUAAAGUGGUACGGUGGAUGUCAGUUCUGAUUAACGUUGCUGACCAGCUCUAUUACCCCUGUGAGCAUGUUGCAUGGGCGGCUGAUGCAGAACUCAUUAAAGUCAAAUCUGACAAAUGGUGGACGCUGAGCUGUAUCCUUUGGGGUCUGUCCUUGCUGCUGGGUGCUCUCAGAUCUCUCAGAAUAAUUAUGAAGUUAAGGAGGAAGGCACGGAAAUGCAGAAGGACGGGACAAGCAGAUGGCAGGGAAGAUGGAGUUGUCAUCACUGCUGAAAUUCAAAGGCAAAUUUUGGGAGAGGUUCUGAAUGUUCUGAGCAGUCUAGCAGAUCUGAGCAACGCUAUUCAUUGGAUGCCACCUGGAUUUUUGUGGGCUGGCCGGUUCCCCCACUGGUUGGUCGGACUAAUGGGGACCUUUUCAUCUCUUAUCGGAAUGCUGCAGAUGUGUUCCAGUGAGCAGAAUGCCAGUGUCUGACAUGCUGGAUUUUAGGCCUUUAAAUGCUUGGCCACCUUCGUUUGCAAACUUUAUUCUCAGGCUUCAUAAUACUUUAACAUAGUGCACUAUAAGUAGCACUUGACCAAUCCUGGUAAUAACACACAGAUUAAUUAGUCCAGUACACAGUGUAGAAGUAUAGUGUUUUUAUCUGAUGCUUUCUUAAGUAAUUUUCUAUGUGAACUGCUUUUGCCAUGUUGUGUAUACUGUUAUCACACAUGUACACCUUGUAUGAGGUUUUUAAGCUUGGAAAGUCACUUUGGCUUUAGGCACAGCACUGCAGGCAGGCACAUCUAAUCACAUUCUAAACACUGUCAACCUUAAAUUAUUGCAGUGUUAGUUGGUACAAUCAGCAGAUAAUUCAGGACUAACAGUAUGUGUAUGCGAAGAAUACACAGCAUGCCUACUUUUGUGUGCAUAGAUUGAUGAAUCUAAGAUUAAUGAAUGUAAUGUGGAACCAUGUUUUACCUGUUUUGUGCUGAACUCAAGUGUGUUUGGUCAGGGCUGUACUUGAUGCACCUGCCAGAGUAAAUAACCAUUUUGCUGCGUGCAAAAAGCUCCAUGCUACUGGAGUCACAUCAAAAAUGAUCCUCAUCGUCGGAAGUGUCUGGAUACUUCCCUGUAGCAUACCAGUGAAGUGAAUGCCGACAUUAAGGGUGAUCAGAUACAGAGCAAUCUACUGACCAGGCCUGUUUCAACAAGGCAAGCAAACCAAUCAAUUUCCUAGGGUCCCGAGGUGGGCUGAGGGCCCCCAGACAUUGACUGGUUAUAAAUUGAAUGCAACAACAAAAUAUGUGAGCCCCUUUAAAUUCCUUAAGUUGCUGACAGUAGCCAGCCAGGUUUGUGAUUCCUGUAGCUGUGAGUUCUGUGCAUCAUCACUUUUGUUAAUUUUUCCCAUAGACUUGUCAUAAUGAGAGUGCAGGGAUUGAGACGGAUUGACAAUGAAUGACAAACACUCAUAAGUAACACAUUUUAAAAACUGAUUGUAUGUUACACAUGCAUAAUUUACUUUAUUUUACAAAUCUUGAUUUUGAGGUUUUAUAGAAUAUCUUUUGAUUAUUUUACAGAUAAUGUGUAAUUAGGUCAUUUAAUAGUGCCUCUUCCUUGUAUUAAUACAUUCAAACAAUUCCUAAAACACCUCGGCAGGUUAAAUUACUUUUUUUUUACUUCUAACUCAUACAAGGCCUACUGAUACUUGUGUAAGAUAACACUGAAUGACUGCAUUGACUGCAUGUGAAUUGUACAUUCAUAAAUAGCUAAUUAACAAGAUUGAAGGUGACCUGAUAUAUGUGAACUGAAUUUUGUGAUUUAUUAUAUUGAUACUGUAUAAUGUUUACUACACAUGAUAAGUACAUGACAUAAAAAAUAAAUUAUUUUAUUAAUUACA